UGAGUGCUUUGCCAGUGUCCUCGACCUCGUCGCCUCAGCCUCAGCCUCACGCAAAACCAGCGCCUGCCCUGUUAACGUUAGCGCUUCCACUUGCGCACACAUCGCCCACACAGCCUCUGCCCGUAUCGACAAGGCCUUGACCACUGCGCCAACCCCGUUUGACCCCCACAGAUUUCCCAUGGUAGAGUGCGAAUGAACAGCAGUGGGUGGUUUGAUUGAGGAUAAGUCUACAAUGGCUGGAUACGAUCAUGGCGGCGGCUCGGGAAGCGACUGGGGCCAGGGCCGCGCCUCUGGUGAUGACGUUCCUUAUCGAAUGGACCAGGACACCGCCAACCUGGCCCCGCCAUCUGCCCGGCACAACGGAGGUCAUGGCAGCCCGGGCGGGAGACCACCGGCCUCGCCCGCGCUAAGCGCCGGCGACACCGACACCGAGUCAAGACGCAGCGGGGAGAGAAAUCGGUCCAGACCGCGUGGUGCACGGUCUGCCAGCGGCCAGGUGCGCUCUUGCAAGAAAUGCGGAGAGCCAUUGACUGGGCAGUUCGUGCGUGCGCUCGACGGGACGUUCCACCUGGACUGCUUCAGGUGCCGCGAUUGUGGCCAAAUUGUGGCUUCCAAAUUCUUCCCGGCAGACGACGAGGAUGGCGGAGGACAGUACCCCCUUUGCGAGACGGACUACUUCCGCCGACUGGGGCUCCUGUGCCACCAGUGCGGCGGGGCACUGCGAGGGUCAUACAUUACCGCCCUGGAUCGCAAGUACCACGUCGACCAUUUUACCUGCUCCCUGUGCCCGACCGUGUUUGGGGCUCAAGACAGUUACUACGAGCACGAUGGCCAGGUCUAUUGCCACUUCCACUACUCCACCCAGUUCGCCCAGCGCUGCAACGGCUGCCAGGCCGCCAUCCUCAAACAGUUCGUCGAGAUCUUUCGCAACGGUCAGAACCAGCACUGGCACCCCGAAUGCUACAUGAUCCACAAGUUCUGGAAUGUCCGUUUAAACCCGCCCCAGGAGGCGACCGUCCCCAUCCGGGACGACCCCGAUGGCCGCGAGCGUGUUCGCCAGGAGGAGGAGCGCAUGGAAGAAAAGGUCUACCGCAUCUGGAGCGUCCUCUCGUCCUUUGAGGAAUCUUCUGCCGCCUGUAUAUCCGACAUGCUCCUGCAUGUGAGCAACGGCGCAUAUAUCGACGGCGUCAUGGUUGCCAAGCGCUUCAUCUUCCACGUCGACAUCCUCUUCCGCUCCGCCGACAGGCUCGAUGCCACUAUGGCCCAGCUCGAUAUGAACGCGCUCGCUUAUGGACGAGAAGCAAAGCUUCUCUGUAAGAAGAUCGUGGCCUUCUUCUCGCUGCUCUCCAAGACACAGGACAAAGCCGUGGGCAAGCCUGGCGUCACCCAGGAUCUUUUGGGCCUGGUCACUGGCCUCGCCCACUACCUCAAGCUUCUCAUUCGCAUCUGCCUUCAGGGCGCGCUACGCAUAGAGAAAGAGCGCACUACGGCCGAUGGCCUUUUCCACUUCCUCGAUGACCUCGGUGACCUCGAGACUCUGAAGAUGGACGACAACUCCACCACCACCCUACAGCUGACGUCCGGAAUGUCGCGGCUGUCGGCCCAUGACUCAGACCAGUGCGUGCUAUGCCGGAAACCGAUUGAAGACGAGUGCGCCAAGAACGGCGACAAGAGGUGGCACCUACCGUGCGCCAGUUGCUACCGGUGUGGCAGGGAACUGGGGCGGAAGCUUCAAGAUGCGCGCUUGAAUCCUUACGAUGGCAGGAUACUCUGUACCACCUGCGAGCCCGACUCCGCGCCUAAUGCCGCCCCGUUUGAGCACGUCACGAAGCUGCAACAGUACGUUUUUCUACUUCAGGUGGCCCUGGCCAGGCUUUUGGAAAUCCUUCGGAGCAAUGGCGUGCUUCCUUCAUCUUCGAGCGAUCCAAAUGGCAACGGUUCCGGCACUGCCGACGGUCGAUCCGGUCCACACGCGGGUGAACAUGCACACCAUCGUCGAGAAUCGUCCUAUGAGAGCGCGCUCAACGAUGUGCGGCGACUAAAGAGCACCCGUCUGGAUAAGCACCUGUCAUCGAGCUUUAGGAAGGCUCGGACGUCUCGAAUUCUUGAUGGACCCGAAAGCAGCAGUGCGCGGCCUGGGUCGGCUGGCGGAGGCCCUGGCGAGGGAGGUCCGAAUAAAGGUUUUCAGAUCGUCGAAGAGCGAGGCCCGAUUGAUGAAGAGGACAUGACGCUGCCUAACCAGGAUGCCUUGACGCUGGAUGACAUCCCUCGGAUUGUUGCUGCGGAACGGGCGAACAGAGAGCAGCGGCCUUACCCGCCGGCGCGACAGGAGUUCUUCCGUUCUCCAGGCACCGAGUCCAGGCCGGGACCAGGGGCUCCGGGUGGAAGCGGGCACCAGCGCAACCUCUCAGACGGCAAGGCAGCCGGAGCACGUGCGCCAGCUGAUCCGUCCCUCCAGCGCACGCGGCGGUAUUUUUCAGAACUCUCAGGGCUGGAAUAUUUCCUCGUGAGGCACCUGGCUGUGCUUACGAUGCACCCCAUGGUUAGCUCCGAGUUCACCCUCGAAGAGUUGCUCAGCUUCAUUGAGAGCAGGAAGCCACCCACAUUUUGGAAGAACAUCGGCAAGGCCUUCAAAAACGACGGCCGCAAGAAUGUCAAGAAAAGAGGCGUCUUCGGUGUUCCCUUGGAGGUCAUCGUCGAGAGAGAUGGUGCCGAGUCCACGGACGGCGUCGGGCCGGGCACCCUGCGGAUUCCCGCCGUUGUGGACGAUAUCAUCUCCUCCAUGAAGCAGAUGGAUCUAUCUGUCGAGGGUGUCUUCCGCAAGAACGGCAACAUCAAAAAGCUCGGUGAGCUGGUGGAGAAGCUCGACAAGGAGGAGGAAGUGGAUUUCAGCACAACCCAUGUCGUCCAGGUGGCCGCCCUUCUGAAGCGCUAUCUGCGGGAGCUGCCAGACCCUCUGAUGACCCACAAGCUCUACCGGCUCUGGCUGGCUGCGGCCAAGGUCCCGGACGAGCAGAAGAUGCGGCAUUGUCUCCAUCUGACGUGCUGCUUGCUCCCGAAAGCGAACCGCGACUGCCUAGAGAUUCUGUUUUGUUUCCUGAAGUGGGUCGGAUCGUUCCACCAGGUCGACGACGAAUCUGGAUCCAAGAUGGACAUCAAGAAUCUGGCAACCGUCAUCGCCCCCAAUGUUCUCUUUGACAAGAACAAGACCUCCAGCCUUGACAGCGACCCAAUGUACGCGAUCGAAGCCGUGGAAGUCUUGAUAGCGAACAUUGAGGAGAUGUGCUUGGUGCCCGGCUACAUAGUCAAUGCCUUGAACGAUCCGGCUCUCUUCGGCAGCAGCGGCGAGCUCACGACCAAGGAGAUCCUGAAGAGGCUCUCAGAACGCGCGGCCAACGGGCUCGGUCCAACGCAGUACGCCGAUGUCAGCGAGAUUGUCGGCCGGCACGAGAUCCCGAGCCGUCCCCCACCGAGGCGCAUGGAGACCGACCCGUCGCAGUGGCAGCAGCAGGAGAGCAGUGUCCGACCAGUCCAGGAGCCGACAGCACCCUUCGCCGGGCCCCCUCACAUGGGAACACCGUCCCCCAAGCGCGGUGGACCGUAUGACGCGCCGCCGGCACAGCAGUCUCCGUACGGGCAGUUCGAGCACAGUGGCACGCCGGACGCCAACAUGCGUGGCGGCCAGGGGCAGCGGGAGUGGAGAAAUUCCGGGUGGGGGAGACAGAACAGCGGGUUGACAACCAGCACUGUCUAGGAGACGGCUGAUUAUGAUCCUUCAGCUCUUUCGUCUUCCCGAUGACAGGAAGCUUUUUGGUUUCGAGGUCUUUGGAGUGGGCGGCCGGGAGAGGGGGGCGU